AUGAUGCAGCCCUCAUACGAGCCCAUUCUAGACUCUAGGUCAAAUCCGUCCGCAGUAGGGGUGGUUUCCGUCGACCCGCUAGGAGAUGAUGUGGCCGGCGUCGUGGGACAAGAAACGACGGCACGCGACAUGUUGCGUGUCGGACAAGCCCUGCACGUUUCCGUCGAGAAGUUUCUUUCCCUUGGAGAGAGCAUCGCGCAAGACAACGCGGAAGCCAAGCUCCAAAUGUUAGAAGCGUGCAAGGAGGCACGAAUCGCGUCCAACGUCGUCGAACAAAUCUGCGAUCUACGACCAGGCAUCGAUGACGUGCAGGAGCCUUGUCGAAUGAAGCUAGCUCGAGCGGCGAAGACCCUGCUUUCGAGUGUCACUCGUGUGCUUCUACUGGCCGAUACAGUGGUGGUGAAACAACUCCUUGGCAACAAGGACCACCAGGGCCACCAUCUGCAGGGCAAUGGGGCGGCGAGUCUAAACGAUCUGACCUCCGCACUGAACGCCUUGAACAGCCUAAAUGACUUGUCACUACAGCCUCACGAUCCUAUGCAGAGUAUUACGAACUUCAUCGAUUUCGUCAAAGCCUUCAGUCAAUUCGGGGCCGACAUGAUGGAGCUGAUACAAGUGAUCUCAGAUAGGCAAGCUCACGAUGAGCGUCGAAUCGCGCAAAUGGAGACGGCGCGUUUAUACCUCGAAAGAUCAACGACGAUGUUGCUACACGCGUCAAAAACUUGCUUAAGGCAUCCGGAUUGUGAGAUUGCAAGAGAGAACCGGGACACGGUUCUGCUUCAAAUCCGACGAGCCAUAGACCUUGUGCACUUCGUUAUAAAGGAUGGUGUUCUACCUGAGCUCACAGCGGCCCAUAGACGGAACGGCAGUGCAAGGUCGAGGACGAGGAAGUCGACGAAUGUAGCUUCGAAUUGGCGAAUGGAAGAGUUUGACAAAUGCUCAACAACCCACAACGCACUUAAAAAGUUCCACGAGCUGCUAAAUAUGAACAAGCUAGUCGUCAUGGGUCCCUUGUGCCGUGCAAGGUUAUCUCGAAUGCUAGAUGCGGUCAUCGAAAGAACGCAGGACUUCACAGAUUCGGCCUAUACGACACACGAACAUCGAGAAAAGAUACUUCUACAGUGCGAUAGGCUCAAGCUAGAACUCAACCAACUGCUCCGGGUUGCCGUUUCUCUGGAGCAGAAGGGUGACCUACCUCAUCAGACUAGCGAAGGCCUCGAGGUGACGAUUCGACAGACCGCUCAAGCCUCCAACGACUUAUGGAUUCAACUGCAGGAGACGGCGCUAUGUCACACGGACGAACUGUUUCGUACAAUGGACGAAGGCGAGCUGCUGCAGACACUCAAGAACGCGGCGGCAACCGGUGAACCUUCCACCAUGGAGCAAUGCGCGGAUAGGUUUGCCGAACACGCCGAACACGUACAAGAGGUCUGUCGCUUGCUAUACCACAUCGCGACCACAGAACGUCUCCAAGUGCAGGCGAAACAGACAGAUGCAUGCUUGCGUGUCGUCUCGCAACACGUGUUGUCUGCGUGCCAUACGCUAUGCGCGCACCCCAGCAGCGGCACGGCACGCGACAACGUCGACGUGUUCAUGGACGUCUGGCGGUCACUAGUAAACGACUUAGCCUCAAUGAAUCGCGAGUGCUCAGCGCUCGCCAUCAAGUCCAUAGCCGAUAGCGAACGUGAAAAAGAACAGCUCGCUAGUCUACAACAACAAACGAUGUAUAUGUCCCUCAAUCCAAGGGUAAGAUCCACUCAAGACAACUACGAAUUGACACUGUCGAAACAAUCACUAGACUCACCCUUCGACGUCCUGAGCGACGGCGGAUCGACUCGAUGUCCUGUUCCGAUGCAAAGCCACCAUAUGCCAGUGGCCCUCCGGGACUCACAUCCGAUACAAGGAGGGGACAAGGGAACGACUCAUCACUCAAUGAGUCCCUCGAUGAAUCCCGUCGUCCUGAACGGCGACGGACGUGUACAAGGAGUAGGUGGUGCGCCUGACUUACCCCCCGGAGUCAGAAACAGCCACGUCGCUCAGAUGCCACCAAGUCAACAAAUCAAGCCACCGCCACCCGCUCCACCAUGCCCAGCUGGAAUGGAAGGAGGAGACGGUGAGGCUGGCGUGACGGGCGGCAAGAUAUGUUCGGGCAACAUGGAAUCGGAGGACAAGUUGGGCGCUACGGAGAAUGAAAUGGAGGCGACGACAGAGAAGUGGCCACCGACCGAAAACGAUAUCGUGAAAAGAGCAAAAACCAUAGCUGAGAUGGCGCAAUCAAUGUAUCUAUUUACCAAGGGAGAGGGCGAACUCAAAACGACGCAGGACCUCUUCACUCAGGCGGAGUUUUUCGCCGAGGAAGCAAACAAAUCGUACAAAGUAGUGAGAACAUUCUCAUUCCAGGUUCCUGGCGGUCAACAAAAGAACGAGCUGUUGGAACUCCUCGAUAAGGUGCCGGCCUUCGUCCAACAAAUUCAAUUCACAGUGAAAACACCGACUGUGGGCAAGGCCGCUACCUACACAAAGGUGGACGUGGUAAUUCAACAGACGAAAAGUCUGAUGUACGUAAUCUCGCGAGUGGUCACCACGUGUCUUGUGUGUGCCACGCGAUACAACCUCGACUUCCGCGGAGACGGAGGCGGCAGAGGAGGUCUUUCUGGCGCUGAUGAAAACUACGGAUCUUCCGACUACAGUUCAGGCUUCGUGGACAGCCUCGGAGGACGAGGCGGUGGACAGGGGGGACAAGGUCUUGGUGGUGGAGGGUCCGCGGACACGAAUAUAUGA